AGCGCAGUGAAGAAAACUGAAAAUCCAGCUUAUUGGGUUUCAGUACUAUGCCAUAACAGACAGAUUCAAGAAGCCAUAUUGGUAUACAUACUCUAGUUGGAAUUAAUUCUGUCACUAUUAUCAACAUUGUAAGAUAACCUCAUAAAAGCUUACACUAACCAGGACACUUCAAAAUAAUUCUCCACUUGUUCAUCAAGAUGGAAAACUCAGAUUCUAACGAUAAAGGAAAUGACCAAUCUGCAGCACAGCGCAGAAGUCAGAUGGAUCGAUUGCAUCGGGAAGAAGCUUUCUAUCAAUUUGUAAAUAACCUGAGCGAAGAAGACUAUAGACUUAUGAGAGACAACAAUUUGCUGGGCACCCCAGGCGAAAGCACUGAGGAGGAGUUGCUCAGAAGACUACAGCAAAUAAAAGAGGGUCCACCCCCGCAACAAAGCUCAGAUGAAAAUAGAGGUGGAGACUCUUCAGAUGACAUGUCCAAUGGUGACUCUAUAAUAGAUUGGCUUAACUCUGUCAGACAGACUGGCAAUACAACAAGAAGUGGUCAGAGAGGAAAUCAGUCCUGGAGGGCAGUGAGCCGGACUAAUCCAAACAGUGGUGAUUUCAGAUUCAGUUUAGAGAUAAAUGUUAACCGUAAUGGAAGCCAAACCUCAGAGAAUGAAAAUGAACCAUCUGCUAGACGUCUUAGUGUAGAAAACAUGGACAGCAGCAGCCAAAGACAAAUGGAAAAUUCAGCACCUGAGACAUCAUCUGCCAGAUCAUCUAGGUCAGAACGCAGUUCUGCUGAAGCAUUAACAGAAGUGCCAUCCACCAGAGGUCAGAGAAGGGCAAGAAGCCGAAGCCCAGAACACCGGAGAACCAGAGCCAGAGCUGAAAGAAGUAGGUCUCCUCUGCACCCAGCAAAUGAAAUUCCACGAAGAUCUCAUCAUAGCAUCUCAUCUCAGACUUUUGAGCACCCUUUAGUAAACGAGCUUGAAGGAAGUUCUAGAACCCGUCACCAUGUGACUUUGAGACAGCAGAUAAGUGGGCCCGAGUUGCUAGGUAGAGGUCUUUUUGCAGCUUCUGGGUCGAGAAAUUCUGCCGCUCAAGGGGCAAGUUCUUCAGACACGGGUACCAAUGGUGAAGGUGCAGGAUCUGGUCAAAGACCUCCAACCAUCGUCCUUGAUCUUCAAGUCAGAAGAGUUCGUCCAGGAGAAUACCGGCAGAGAGAUAGCAUAGCUAGCAGAACUCGGUCAAGGUCUCAGACCCCAAACAACACGGUCACUUACGAAAGUGAACGUGGGGGUUUUAGGCGCACUUUCUCACGUUCUGAACGUGCAGGCGUGAGAACCUAUGUGAGUACUAUCAGGAUUCCCAUUCGUAGAAUCUUAAAUACUGGAUUGAGUGAAACUACAUCUGUUGCAAUUCAAACCAUGUUAAGGCAGAUAAUGACAGGUUUUGGUGAGCUGAGUUACUUUAUGUACAGUGACAGUGACGCAGAGCCUGGUAUCUCAGUCCCCACUCGAAAUUCGGAGAGAAUAGAGACACGGAGUGGAAGAGGGAGCUCUGGUGGUAACAGCUCUGGUUCCGGCUCCAGCUCCAGUUCCAAUGGUGAAAGUUCAGAAAGUAGCUCAGAGAUGUUUGAAGGCAGUAAUGAAGGAACCCGAAUUCUCACACCAGGUGCCCGGAGAGAGGGCCGACAUAGGGCCCCAGUUAUAUUUGAUGAGAGUGGCACUUUGCCAUUCCUUAGUCUGGCUCAGUUUUUCCUCUUAAAUGAGGAUGAUGACGACCAACCUAGAGGACUGACCAAAGAACAGAUUGAUAACCUGGCAAUGAGAAGUUUUGGUGAAAAUGAUGCAUUGAAGACAUGUAGUGUUUGCAUUACAGAAUAUACGGAAGGCAACAAACUUCGUAAGCUACCUUGCUCCCAUGAGUACCACGUCCACUGCAUCGACCGCUGGUUAUCGGAGAAUUCCACCUGUCCCAUUUGUCGCAGGGCCGUCUUAUCUUCUGGGAACAGAGAAAGUGUUGUGUAGUGAGAACAGAACUCUCGAAGCUGUGUAGCUGGAAUAGUGAUGGGCAAACGGAAAAUCACCUGCUUUAUGUCCACUUUUUAAGUGGUGCUUAAAUAUAAAGUCACAAGCUGAAUCGAGUCAUUG